AUGAAAUUACUUUUCCACUAUUUCAAUUUAGACGAUGAUUCAAAAUUACAAGCCAUGCAAGAAUUUAGCGAAAACCUGGAGACAAUGCUAGCAUCACCUCAAUAUUCGACUUUUCUCGAAAGUGUCAUGCCUAAAUUUUUAAAUUAUCUGCGCACAAGUAAGUCCUCUCAACAACUUCGCAAACUAAUACUAGAAAUUAUACAUCGUAUUCCUCCAAAUGAAGCCAUGAAAAAUCAUGUUAAGCCGGUCUUGCAAUUGGCCUUUAGUUUAAUCAAGGAGGAAAAUGAAGAAAUCGCUUUAGUUUGUAUCAGAAUCAUUAUCGAAUUACAUAAACAGUUUAGACCACCUAUUGGAUCAGAGGUGCAGCAAUUUCUAAAUUUUAUCAAAAAGAUUUACACUGACUUGCCAGCCAACUUUAAUGAUAUUUUCGAAAUGAAAGCCACCACAUCUAUAGAAGCAUCUAAUUCAUCUACAGCUGUUGCUGCUAGUUCUAUUGGAGGAGGUUCUGGCGGUGUGGCUGCUUCAAGUAGCUCGGCCCCUGUAAAAUUACAAUCUGCGCUAACAUCGUUAAAAGUAUUGGCGGAACUGCCUUUAAUCGUCGUCCUCAUGUAUCAGCUAUACAAACAAAACGUACAUACGCUAGUUGAAGACUUUAUUCCAUUGAUUAUGGAUGCUAUUUUGAUGCAACCAUCUCAGAGUGCUAGAUCGGCUCCAUCAUUUAAUCGCGAUCUUUAUGCCGACUUCAUUACUGCACAAAUUAAGAUGCUUUCAUUUCUAGCAUAUGUGAUUCGAGUGUUUUUGGAGGAAAUUAAUAAAUAUUCUCCUCGCAUGGUCCAAGGUGUUAUUUGCUUAUUAAAAAAUUGUCCGCCGGAAGCCGCUAAUCUGCGUCGAGAUCUACUCAUCGCAAUUCGGCAUAUCCUAAGCACAGAUCUUCGAAAUAAAUUUGUUCCACAAAUUGACAAAUUAUUUAAUGAGAAUGUUCUUAUUGGCCCUGGUUGGACUGCUCGCACGUCAUUCAGACCUUUAGCUUACAGCACUCUUGCCGAUCUUGUGCAUCAUGUUCGAACUCAUUUACCGCUAAAUCAGCUGUCUUUGGCUGUUCAUUUGUUUUCUAAAAAUAUACAUGAUGAUUUACUGCCAAUAAGUAUACAAGUGAUGUCAUGCAAGUUGGUAUUAAACUUGGUUGAAUGUCUUCGCCAAAAGAGCUCUACUGACGAUCUAGAAGGUCAAGGACGUGAAAUUUUAAUACGAAUGUUGGAGGUGUUUAUUCGCAAGUUAACAUAUAUCGCGAAAAACCACGUUCCUGUCCUGCUCGCAAAAAAGUAUGGUAUACUCGGUUUAAAGCUUUUCGUUUCAACACAUAUUUUAAUAUUGAACAAAUUAUCAAUAUACAGUAAAGAAUCAUCAAGUACAAGCGGAAGUAAUGCAACUACGAGCUCUGAAGGAGGUCCUAGUCUUGCAUCCCAUCCCCCCACGAUGAAUGUGAAUGAUUGUCGAACAAUGGUCAGAACGCUUUUACUAGGAAUAAAAACGAUUACUUGGGGAGCUGGCUCAUGUAAAAUACCUGGAGGUACCUUUUAUAAGAUUAUCAAAUAUUUUCUACCGGAAGAAAUCAAUGUUUUUACAAGAUUAUUAAAAUAUGGCUUACGAGCCCUUGAUAUUCACAAAAUUGGACAUAGCUCUAACACUGCUAUACAAAGCCGCUCUACAAACAAUACAAACUCUCGUCAAAGAGAUGAAAAAGAAUUACUCGAACAUUAUUCUGGCGUUUUCAUUAUGCUAAAUCCUUGCAGUUUUAAGGAAGUUAUAGAAGUCAACAUUGACUACCUAGUUGAAAGAAUUCAUAACAAUUACAACUUACAAAUAAUCCCGAAUCAGUUCUUGGCCAAUAGCGCGACAUCAUCAUGCUUCGCAUCCAUACUUAUCAAUUAUUUAUUGGAUAAACUUGAAGAAAUGGGAUCUAAUACUGAAAGGUCUAAUCUGUACCUUAAAUUGUUUAAAUUGGUAUUUGGUUCUGUAGCAAUAUUCGCAAACGAAAAUGAACCAAUGCUGAAACCACAUUUGCACAAAAUCGUUAAUCGAUCUAUGGAAUUGGCCUUAACUGCUAAGGAGCCUUACAAUUACUUUGUAUUAAUGAGGGCGUUAUUUCGUUCUAUUGGUGGGGGUAGUCACGACUUAUUAUAUCAAGAAUUCCUACCAUUAUUGCCGAAUCUUUUAAAAGGAUUGAAUCUGUUACAAAGUGGGAUUCAUAAACAGCAUAUGAAAGAUUUAUUCGUUGAAUUAUGUUUGACGGUACCCGUACGAUUAAGUUCUUUACUUCCUUAUCUACCAAUGCUAAUGGAUCCCCUGGUAUCAGCUCUCAAUGGAUCUCAAAACUUAGUUACACAGGGAUUAAGAACUUUGGAACUAUGUGUUGAUAACUUACAGCAAGAUUUUUUGUAUGAACACAUACAACCUGUAAGAGCUGAGCUAAUGCAGGCACUCUGGCGAAUUUUGAGAAAUCCCAACGAAUCACUAUCUCACUCAGCAUUGAGGGUAUUAGGAAAAUUCGGAGGUGGUAACAGAAAAUCACUGAGAGAGUCCCAAAAGCUUGAUUACGAAGAUUGCCAUACACCUGGACCUUGCAUUUCUAUUCAAUUUCCUGAAAGCAAGCAUCCCAUAUCACUACCUGUUUCUAAAGCUAUAGCUUUUGCUUUAUCAAUACUGAAAAAAUCCUCAACCGAUGCCCACUACCGUAAACAAGCUUGGCUAAUUUCUAAGUACUUCAUCGUGUCAACGUUGCAACUGAGUGAGAGUAGAUGUAAUAUUAAAGAAAUCUUAACCCAAAUCAGAUUUUCAGAACAGAAACCACAAGUCAGUAAGAUGCACUCUCGCUUGGCAGCAGAUGAAAUAACAAGAAAAACCUUUGAACAAGCACUUACGGCAGUAUUUGUCGCGGCUGCUGUUAAUGAUCUCCGAUCUGAUGCAGUCCCUUUCAUGACCGACCUAGUAACACAUUUAGCCAUGAUUGCUAUCGUGCAACAAUUUUCUGUUAAACCAGUUACUUACCAAACGCGUUAUAUGGACAUCCAUGUAUUGAUUGACGCAAUUGCAGUUUGUAUGACAUCAGCGGAGAAAAGUUUAACAAUCUUCGGCGAAGUAGCAAUUACGUUGAUAAUUAAAACAGCCGUUAUGAUACUUGGAUCCCCUCAGAGGAUAAGUAACGUACCUUUCUUUGAUGUGAUGGCGAAAAGACUAUGUAAAUGUUGCUAUGAAAGAGCUUGGUUUGCGAAAAGUGGAGGGUGUAGUGCAAUUAGAUGUUUAAUGACGCAUAUGCCUCUAAAAUGGGUCAUGGAACAUCAGGGAGCUUUUGUUUCUGCUUUACUCUUUUUAAUGAUGGAUUUGAGUUACGAGGUAUCUUCUGGCACAAUUGAUGUCGCUAAGAAAACCUUAGAAGAUCUACUUAGACUGUGUAAUAAACCCAUAAAUAAUGAGGUAAAUCUCCAUGACUUAUCAGCAAUUCAAAAGAAGCACUUUCAUUUGGUAUGCCAACGCUUUAUUCGUGAAGUUAUCUCUCCCAAUCAGACAGUUCGUGAACAGUCUUAUCAAUGCUUGGAGCUCUUAGCUGAUAUAACAGCCAAGUCUGUAUACGAUGUCAUGGUAUUACAUAAAGAUGUGAUUGCCGAUAUGAUUCCUCCAAAGAAAAAUUUACUAAGGCACCAACCAGUCAAUCAGCAAAUCGCCAUCAUGGACGGUAACACUUUUUGUAGUACUAUACAACCCCGCUUAUACAGUUUAGAUCUUUCCAGCCAUGAACAUAAACUCUUCGUUACUGAGCUAUUAUCGUUAUGCGAAGCCGAUGAUGCCACGCUGCAUAAACUUCCUUGUUACAAACCCGUCAAAUCGUUAGUACCGCUUAGAAAAAGUGCUUUAGCGGCGUUAGCGUCUCUACACUAUAUCGAACAGAAGUCAGAACUCCAAAAGAUUUUUAACGUUAUCUUUAAGAAUCUGACAUCAAGUGAAAGUGAACUUCAGAAAGCGGCGAAAAAAGCUAUGCAAUCGUUUUUAGUAGGAUAUCAAGUAGAACUUGAUCUAUUACAUACAAAUAUCAAGCAAUUACUCUCAGGUCUAGGAGACUACAAGAGUCUUACACCAAGUUUCAUACAGCGCUUGUCUAUCACAACGGAAUUAUUUCCAGCAUCUUUUAGCCCGAAAUUAUGUGAUCAAUUAUUGACACAUAUUAAAAGAGGAGCUGACAACAUUGCAGCGUCUCAGAGUCGUAAGAAGCUAAAACAGGCUGUAGAGGAAGCAAUAAUCUGUGCUAAAAUAGUUAACGUGUUUCAUAUCGUACCUGCUACGUCUUUUAAAUUAUUUGAACAAAUCGUCGAAACUGUGCUAAAGUGUGAAAAAGCAACUAACACUGAUGCCGGAAGCCCUUUUCGAGAACCAUUGCUAGACUUAGCCCUUCGAUAUCCUACUGAAUCGGUGGACUUUUUUCUUUCUCGGUUAAUACUGCCACAAUAUAGCCGAUUGUUCAUAUUUUUGCUUGGAAAAGAGAGAGCAAAACCAAUUCGUCAGGUUUUAGAGACUGAUCCCAAUAAAAUUAUUAUUAAUGCAUUGGAUUCUGUCAAGGUACCGGAAGGAGAAACGUUAACAUCUGAGAACAAGGCAUUAUUGCAAUAUCAAGGAGUGCUUAUUACCCGAAUAUUAAGUAAGUUAAAUCCAAGCUGGUAUGCAAAACAAAAGAUCCUGUUCGUCCACCUAACGCGGCUAUGGUCGUCUGAUUUCUUCCAGGAACGUGUAAAGAUGGAGUCAUCGCCUGCGAAUCGAUGGGACGAAGCGAGAUUAUUGUUAAAGUGUUUAUUGAUGUACUAUAAGGAAAACAAAAAUGAGAUAACAGCUUUAUUUCAGAUGCUGAGAGCAUUUACAUUACAACAUAUAUGCAACUUUCAAUUUUUUCGUGAAUUUUUAGAAUGUCUUUGUAAGUCUUAUACCAUCGAGCAGAAACGUAGUGUCUUUUUUAAAUUCAUCGAAAUGUUUGUCAAGAAAUUAUUGCCACAGGAAAUAAUUGCUAAGAUUCUUUCAUACCUAAUUAUACCAAUGGUUACAGAAUCUUUCGAGGAAGGAAAAAUUGAUGAGAUUAUUGGGGGUUCUCCUAACCCUGAUCAAGACAAUGACGAAAAUAUUGUUGGUGUAUUUAUUAACAAAAUAAUCGAUCCUGAUAAUCCAUUUAAAGCAUCGGAUGAAGUACGAAUAUUACUUUUACAGUUUUCGUCAUUGCUUGUAGAGUUUGCUUCUCCACAUAUACAUGACCCUGCUAAUAGGCAAGGAAACAAACUUCGUCGGUUGAUGGUUUAUGCAUGGCCUUGUCUUUUGCCUAAGCAGUGCAUGGAUCCAUCUACGAAAUAUUUUGGUCACUUACUCCUUGCUCACAUCAUCGCAAGAUUUGCAAUUCAUCGAAGAAUAGUGCUUCAGGUUUUCCAUAGUCUUCUAAAAGCCCAUGCUUUGGAAGCGAAAGCAGUUGUCCGUCAUGCUCUUGAUAUAUUGACUCCUGCUAUGCCAGCCAGAAUGGAAGAUGGAAAUACGUUACUGGCGCAUUGGACGAAAAAGAUUAUUGUUGAGGACGGCCAUAUUACUGCUCAACUUGUUCACAUUCUAUAUCUAGUGGUUCGCCAUCAAAAAGUGUACUAUUCGGUUCGCCAUUUGCUUGUGCAACAUAUGAUUAAUGCUAUGCAAAAGUUAGGGUUUCCUCAUAAUUCUACUAUAGACCACAGAAAGCUUGCAACUGAUUUAGCAGAAGUAAUUAUAAAAUGGGAAUUGCGAAGAGUUAAAGAAGAAGUUACGGACUCUGAUGCUACAGUGACCUUGAAACGUUCGGCUUCUGACGAAUUGCAACCAGAAGCUAAGAAACAAAGGACAUUAUCGCAGGUAUUUCGUUUUUUAAGUUUGCCGGUACCCAUUGAAAAUAAGGCCCCAAUAGAAAAAAGUCAUAGCGACAGCAUCGUUAAUUUUCUGAUUCGAUUAGCUUGCUCGGUUCAUGAACCCUCCACAACAAGUGGUUCUCCGAAUGAGGCGUUGUCACAACGUUGUAUCUCUCUGCUCAAGAUUGCUUUGAAACCGGAAUUGUGGCAAAAUGCAGAAAUAAAAAUUGUUUGGUUUGACAGAAUAUUCUCUGCUGCCGAUAAUCAACCAACAUGCAACACCGGCAAUAUUUGCGCUGGUUUUGAAAUCAUGACGCAUUUACUCUCUGUGCUGUCACGCCCUGCCAUUUUAAAUGCGUGUAAAACUAUAUCCCAUGGGUUAACAGUUUGUAUGGCCUGCCAAAACACCAAGGUACUUAUAACUCACGCUGUACAAGAGUUUCUGUCAAAACUUACUGCCUUAUUCGAAAUGUUUAACGAAUUUUUUAAAGGUAUGCAACGAAGCGAAGAAAUUAACGCAAUUCAUAUGUCCGUUGCUCGAAUUGUUUUCGAACGGUUACAGCAAUAUGAAAGGCAAACGUAUGCUAGAUUAAUUUUUGCUCAGAGCUUGCUUUCAACCAUUGUUAAUACCAAAUCUUUGAUCCAUAGAUUGCGAGGGAUUAUAAUAAAGACAAUACAUAAAUUAGCGAACGAGCAUCUUGGUAGCAGAACUGAGAGUAACACCACUGUCGAUCUUUUAAUAGCAUGUCUGGAUCUAAUCAAGGGUCGAAUAUCAACGAUGCCACCAGAAGCUAAGCGAGUAUUAAUUCAGACUAUAAUAGUGCUAAUAGAUCGAUCCACCGAUCUUAAACUCCAGAAAGCUAUUGUUAAAAUUGUGGAAAAAUGGGUAAAAGAUAAAUCUAAUGAAAGUCAAAUUGAAAUGAAAGAAAAAUGUACACUUUUAGUUAAAAUUAUGCUCAGCUACGAGAAGCGACUGCACGAAGAUCAGGAAUUUCAAGAAAUUUUUUUAAGUUUUAUUCUUGAUUUAUAUCAAGAUUCUUCGCUAGAAGGUAGUGAACUUCUAUUAAAGCUUGAACCUGCGUUUCUAUCCGGACUACAAUGUCCUAGACCAAAUAUCAGGGAAAAAUUUUUUAAGCUCUACAAUGCUAGUACAUCAAAAAAUCUUAUGGAUCGUUGUUUAUAUAUUUGUUGCUCACAAAAUUGGGAGAAAAUAUUAAACCAUUUCUGGAUUAAGCAGUGUAUAUCACUUAUAUUGUCUGUAGCUCGAUUAGAUGCUCCUAUAGAAUCCUUUGAACAAUCGCUAGUAUUUCCGUCAGUUUCUUCGGCUUUUACUGGUCGACCUAGUAUUUUUAGAACAGCGUUGUCCAUUGACGAUGCUGGUAAAAAUCCUACAGCUUCGCUUGCCUCAAAGGACAGCCUGGAUAAUAUAGAGAAAACAACGGCACCGGAAGAAUCGAUGGAUGUAGAUGCCAACUCUCAUGAAAGUACCACAAAUGAAGCUGAUGGAGGGAAGAUUGUUGAGGACUUAAGUGAUAAACAGUCAAAGUUUCUAGAAUCAUUGCGACGCUAUCAGAUUAGUGCUCUAUUAGAUUCCUUAAUACAGCUGUGCCAUUACGAUUCUGAAUUAUCCCAUGAUGUUUGGAUAACCAUCUUGCCUCAAAUAUGGCAACUGUUAAAUCGCCCGCAGCAACAGCAACUAAGUAUAGAAAUGGGUCCAUUCCUUUGUAGCGGUAGCCAUGUAAUUCAGAGAAAUUUAAGUCGUAGCGCUAUUAAUACUUUCCUGGAAAGUUUAUGUCACUGUAAGCCGCCCAUUAAACUAAGACCCUGCGUCCUAAGAUAUCUUGGCAAAGCCCAUAAUGCUUGGCACCGUGCAGUUUUAACUAUUGAAGAGGACGUUGCUCAAUCUAAGUACAAUCAGAAUUCCCAGAGUGCUCCAACAUCUGAAUCUACGCUAUUUGAAUCAUCGCACCAUGAAGCAUUGGAUUCGCUCUCAGCGAUGUACGCUUCACUAAAAGAGGAAGAUCUAUUUACCGGCCUUUGGACGAAGAGAUGUAAGAAUCCUAAGACAAAAAUUGCUUUGAGCUACGAACAGCAUGGCCUUUACGAGCAAGCUCAAACUACCUUUGAAAUAGCUAUGGCUAAAUCUAGGGAAGAUUAUGCUCUCACUAGCAUUUCCAACGAAAUGUUUUCAGUGUAUCAGUUAUGGGAAGAGCAUUGGAUUAAAUGUUCAAAGGAGUUAGGCCAAUGGGAUUUGUUACUCGAUUUUGGAAAAAUGAAGCAACACCCUAAUCCCUUACUUGUUUUAGAAAGUGCUUGGCGUGUACCUGACUGGGCCGCGAUGAAAGAAGCAUUAAAUCAAGUUGAAGUCAAUUGUCCGGAAACGUUUGCCUAUAAAUUAAAUUUAUAUCGUGGUUACAUUGCAGUUUGCCAAUCAGAAGAUCCCCAUGUAUCACUUGUUGAAAAAUUCGUAGAUUUUGCCGCCACCCAAGCUAUAAGGCAAUGGCGACACCUACCCAAAUUGGUUUCUUACGCUCAUAUACCAAUCUUGCAAGCUGCACAAUUAAUUGUUGAAUUGCAAGAAGCCGGUCAGAUUCACAGUAGUCUACAAUCGUCUAAUGUUGGUAGGAACAGUAGCGUGCAUGAUAUGAAAGCUGUCAUCAAGACGUGGAGAAAUCGACUUCCCUUAAGAUCGGAUGAUUUAUCUCACUGGAAUGAUGUUUUUCUCUGGAGACAUCAUCUAUAUCAAGCUAUUAUAAAAGCUUACGAUAACUCUACUCAUGUUGAAGGUCAUGCAAGUCAUGCGAUGUUAGGUGUUCACGCGACUGCAACUUCGAUAAUAUCGUAUGCUGAGGUUGCUAGAAAACAAGAUUUAUGUGGUGUAUGUUUAGAUACAUUAAGUAGAAUUCACACAAUACCAUCUGUGCCGAUAUUUGAUUGCUUUCAGAAAAUUCGACAACAGAUUAAAUGUUAUCUACAAAUGGCUGGUGUAAUGGGAAAACAAGAAUUGCAGGAGGGCUUAGAAGUAAUUGAGUCGACAAAUUUACGAUAUUUUUCUAAGGAAAUGCAGGCAGAAUUUUUUGCUCUAAAAGGCAUCUUUUUAGCUAAAGUUGGUCGAUCUGAUGAUGCAAAUGUAUCAUUUUCAUCUGCUGUGCAACUGCAUGAUAAUCUGAUUAAGGCUUGGGCACUAUGGGCUGCUUACCUUGAAGAAGUAUUUAUGCAGAAAAAGAGUAUGCAGGCUGGUGCAUCAGCUGUAACUUGCUAUUUACAAGCUUGUCGGCAACAGAAUGCUUCAAAGCAUAGAGAACAUUUAGCUAAAACGUUAUGGUUGUUAAGCUUUGAUGACGGGAAACGGACAUUGGCGGAAGCAUUCGAAAGAUAUUGUUGUUCCAUCCCUCCUAAUCAAUGGCUGCCAUGGGUACCACAGAUUUUAUCUUAUCUCGGAAGAUUGGAAGGAGGCAGUGUCGUUCAUUUGGCUACUGCAAUUGGCCGUAUUUAUCCCCAAGCUGUUUACUUUUGCUUAAGGACACUAUUUUUGACCAUAAAACUGAAUCAAACAGAAUUGCAAAAGACUGAAGUAAAGGAUAAUCAAACUGAAAACCCCGAUCAAACAAGAAUAACUACUGCUAUGGCAAGAUGUAAUAAAGUUAUGCAUGUAUUGCGAGAUUUGCAUCCAACUCUAUUGGCUGCUUUAGAAGGCAUCGUGGAUCAAAUGGUUUGGUUUCGUGAAGGUUGGAAUGAGGAAGUUUUAAAACAACUUCGCUUAAUAUUGAAAGCGUGUAUGGAAGCAGCGUUCAACAGUAGAUCACAUGUUGGAAAAUCGCACGCUUCUUCAGAAAUUAUUAAUUCUAUCAAAAAACUUGUGGACAAUUUUGGGUUGGCUCAUGAAACUGUAUCUAGUUUAUCGUCCGUCUUUUCAACGGCUGCUUCAGAAACUUUGGCGCGAAGGGCUCAGGUGACUGCUCAGGAUCCUAACUUUCAGAAAAUACGUGGUCAAUUCUCCGCAGAUUUCGAUUUCAGUAUCGCCGGCUCAAAGAAGUUGCACCCGAUCAUCUCUAAAUUAAAGAGAUGGAUAAAAGUUCUUGAAGCUAAAUCUAAGAUGCUUCCUAGUUACUUUUUAAUAGAAGAUAGAUGUCGCUUCUUAAGUAACUAUUCGCUUGCCACUGCUGAUGUAGAGUUACCAGGGGAAUCGUUACUUCCUAGAAAUUCUAGUGGAUACUUUAUAAGAAUAGCAAGAUUUAUGCCUAGAGUAGAAAUUGUACAUAAAGACAAUUGCAUCGCUAGGCGAUUGUAUAUACGUGGACAUAAUGGAAAGGUUUAUCCCUAUUUAGUUGUUAACGAUAUUAACCCCGUUGAAUCCCGACGUGAAGAGCGAUUACUUCAAUUACUUAGAUUACUUAAUCGCUAUUUUGAAAAGAGAAAGGAGGUUAGCAAGCGACAUUUAAUGUAUACUGUGCCACGGGUGGUUGCAAUAUCUCCUCAAAUGAGAUUGAUUGAAGACAAUACUUCUAUAAUUUCAUUAUAUGAUAUCUACAAGCGAUACUGUGGAAACAUAAAACAAGAUCCGUCCCUACCAGUUAUUCAUUACUAUGAAAGUAUUGCGAGCAUUCAGAAUAAAUGUCAAGCCGUCAAAUCAACUGACCUAAAACAAAUUAUGCAGGAGAUUCAAAACGAAUGUAUACCUGUUCGUGUCUUCAAAUCUUGGGCAAUUAAAACUUACCCUAGUGCAACUGAUUACUGGAUGUUUAGAAAACAAUUUACGAACCAACUUGCCUUACUGGGAUUAGCUGAAUUUGCUUUACAUUUAACACCGUUAAUGCCGGAAAUGCUACAAAUUUAUCAAGAUUCUGGCGAUGUUUCGGCAAUGUACUAUACCUUUAAUAUAGAUGACGACACAGGUAGAUUACUCAACCAUACAAGACCAGUGCCAAUGAGAUUAACUGUAAACAUUGACCAUUUCCUCAAACCUUACUGUUCUUCUGGACCAUUAACUGCAAAUAUGAUUGCUGCAUCUCGUUGCCUUGUUCAACCACAAUUUAGUUUAGAGGCGACCUUUCGAAUCAUUUUACGUGACGAAAUACUGACAUGGCACAGAAAGAAACGUUUAUCCAGCAAGGAUAGCGACAAAAUUAAAGAAUUAGAAAAUAAAGAACUAAUAAGACUUGUAGAAAAGAACGUAGAAGCUAUCAUGAACCGACUCCGAAAUAUGGCUUAUUUUGAGAAUGCUGAAAGUAAGGUGUCAGCCGUUAUUCGUGCAGCCACUGAUCAGAAUAAUUUAAGUCGUAUGGAUCCGAUGUGGUAUCCAUGGCUAUGA